CUGAGUCUAACCCUACAAUACAGGAAGCACCUGUAUAAGGUUCUGUCCAAGCCUGGCCCUUACAGCGAUGAAGACUGGGUCCCUGGUCAAGAUACAAUCGAUUCUCUGGAAUCCUCAAAAAUCUUCGGCGCCGGCGGUUUAGGCUGUGAAAUACUGAAGAACCUUGCUUUGUCUGGAUUCAAAGACAUUCAUGUUAUUGAUAUGGAUACGAUUGACAUUUCCAACCUCAACCGUCAAUUCCUUUUCCGCCAGGCAGAUAUUGGCAAGCCCAAAGCUGAGGUCGCUGCUGCCUUUGUGGAGAAACGAGUCAAGGGCGUCAAGAUCACGCCGUUCGUGGGGAAAAUCCAGGAUAAAGAUGAAGAUUACUACUUGCAAUUCAAGAUCAUCAUUUGUGGCCUCGAUAGCAUCGAAGCUCGUCGCUGGAUCAACUCCACCCUAAUUGGAAUGGUUGACCCGGAAAACCCAGAGAGCCUCAAGCCCUUGGUCGACGGUGGAACGGAGGGGUUCAAGGGUCAAGCCCGUGUUAUCCUACCAACACUCUCCUCGUGUAUUGAGUGCCAGCUCGAUAUGCACGCACCUCGACCAGCUGUUCCACUUUGUACGAUUGCUACGAUCCCCCGCCAACCGCAGCACUGCAUUGAAUGGGCGCACCAAAUUGCAUGGCAGGAGAAGCGCAAGGAUGAUGCCUUUGACAGCGACGACAUGGAGCACAUAUCCUGGGUGUAUAGUGCCGCCCUGGAGCGGGCACAGCAGUUCAGCAUCCACGGAGUCACUUUCCAGAUGACUCAAGGCGUGGUGAAAAAUAUUAUCCCGGCUAUCGCAUCUACGAAUGCGGUGAUUGCAGCAUCCACAACCUCCGAGGUACUGAAGAUUGCUACAUCAUGCAACCCAUACCUUGAGAACUACAUGAUGUAUGCUGGCGAAGAGGGUGUGUACACCUAUACCUUCGAGGCCGAAAAGAAGCCAGAUUGCCCCGUCUGUGGAAAUCUCGCACGGAAGAUGACCGUCGACCCGAACGAGACCCUGGAGGACUUCAUUGAUAGCCUUGGCGAGAGAGCAGAGGCGCAAUUGAAGAAACCCAGUCUUCGGACGGAAAGAAAGACCUUGUACCAGCGUUUCCCACCUCAGUUGGAGGAGCACACAAGACCAAAUUUGAAACUGAAGCUGAACGAGCUUGUCGACGACGGCGAGGAGGUUGCCGUCAGCGACCCAGCCUUUACUAUCGACUUCCGCUACAGACUGAACUUCAAAUAG